UUGUGAUUCCUUCACCAUCCUUCUCCGCGAGCCGCAAGCGCUGUCCUUGGACUUCACCGCCGUCGAAGCCCCCCUCGGUAGCCGCCGUGUUCCUCUGCGGGCUUCCGCCCACAGGACCUAUAUCUCCCGUAUCGUCUUCUGUUGCGACGUCAACCCUCACCUCUCUGAUGUCCUCCCGCCUUCCACUCCUCUCCGCAGCCGCCACCUGCAUCAGCAGUUGAUCUUCUUGGAAGCUGAGACAGCUAUCAACGGGAGGAAAUCCUUGCGCGGAAAAUGAGUGCAGGUGGAGCAUUUGGUGGAAAUAGAGGAGCAAGACCAGUACCUCCUGAAAAAGGUGUAUUUCCUUUAGAUCACUUGCAUGAGUGUGAUUUGGCGAAGAAAGAAUAUAUUGCUUGCCUCAAAUCAUCAGGCUACCAAUCAGAAAAAUGUAGGCACUUAUCAAAGAAGUACUUAGAAUGUCGAAUGGAAAGAAACUUGAUGGCUAAACAAGAUCUAUCUGAGCUUGGCUUCCUCAAAGACCGCGGAACAGCUACAUCUGAAGAGAGCACCAGUGGAGGUCAGCCCAAUCCCUCACCUGCAAAAAAGACCAUAACUUCUUGAAGGUGUGAUCUGGUCACAAAUGGAUUUUUCUGAUUCUAGAUUUGCAGCAAGAAUACAUGUUUAGAAAUGAUAAAGAUGGCUAAUAAUUUGGUUCAAUUGUGUAUUAACUAUUUUUACUGGAUCACUGAUGUCUCUUUGAUCUUUAAUUUCAAUAUGUUUGGUAAUUCCGAAAAAUCUAGCAAAGUGCCUCCAGAUUGGUGGUUUAGGAUGAACGGUAUGACUUGACUAUUAGGUGUCUGUUCUAUUU